AUGGUAAAUAUUAAGAGGGUGAACGAUAGGUUGAUAUAUAUUAAGCCAGUGGUUGGUGGACACACUUUAAGUAUGAUUAGCUCUUACGCUCUGCAAGCAAGCUUGGACAAGGAGGUUAAAAAUCACUUUUGGGAAGAUUUGGAUGAGGUGGUGAGAGGUAUUUCGCACACUGGGAAGCUAUUCAUAGGAGGUGAUUUUAAUGGCUACAUUGGAGAGAAGAGUGAUAGAGGCUUAUGCAUUGACUGCAAGAUUAUACUGAGUGAGUGGAUUUUGACCCAGCAUAGGCUUUUGGUACUGGAGUUGGAGAUUAUGAGAGAAAGGAAGAGGAGUGCAGUGUACUGGAAACCUAAGAUCAAGUGUGGAACCUUGACUAAGGACAAAGCUCAGUAUCAGGGGAGAAGUUGUUGGCUAUGA